UUCCAGCCUCUUAUAUGUCUCUCUGGGGCAGAACUCUGGACAGCUUGGACGGGGGAAGAGUGGGUGACACCCCCCCUUUCUGUGCGUCCUGCAGGGAAGCAGAUACCCUGCUCCAGCCCUGGCUGCUGUCUCAGUUUCCCCAGUGUUCGCGACCUGGCACAGCAUCUGCGUACCCACUGCCCACCCACACAGUCCCUGGAAGGCAAGCUCUUCCGCUGUUCCGCCCUCAGCUGCACCGAGACCUUCCCCAGCAUGCAGGAACUGGUGGCACAUGGCAAGCUGCACUACAAACCCAACCGCUACUUCAAGUGUGAGAACUGCCUCCUGCGCUUCCGCACGCACCGCUCGCUCUUCAAGCAUCUGCAUGUUUGCGCCGAGCAUGCGCAGAGCCCAGCCCCGCCGCCACCCCCCGCCCUCGACAAGGAGCCACCGGCGCCCGAGCGUCCCCCGGAGUCCGACACUGCGUCGGCGCCGGGCCUGCCGUUCCCGCUGCUCGAGCCCUUCACGACCCCCGCCCCUGCCCCCACUGGGCCCUUCCUGCCCUACUUGAACCCCGCGUCCUUUGGCCUAAGUCCCCCACGCCUGCGCCCCUUCCUGGCCGCGGCGCCCGGGCUGCCCGCCUCCAGCGCCGCAGUCUGGAAGAAGAGCCAAGGUGCCGGCGGCAGCCCGCGAAGACCCCAGGGCGGCUCCGACGCGCCCUCAGGUGCGUGCAGGUGACCAGCAGGGAAGGGUGGAGGGGAUUUUUCUGUCCUGCGCCCUGCUGGGCCCAGGGGAUGCUGGGAGGCAGC